UACAUUGAUCUGGAAAACCGAUUUUUACUGCCGGCAAACAAUUUUUCACGUGUUAUUCACGUUUGUGCUGUAUAGGAGAAUGGCAGAUAAACAAAGGUCGUACAACGAAAUAAUGAUCGAGAUUUUGAUAGCUGCAAUUGCAUGGGCUGUGCUUGUAUCAGGUCAGGUUACAAGAAUACCUUUCCCGUGCCACUCAGAUGUCUGUAAUUUGUAUGGCCAAGACCAGUUUUGUAGCGAAAGAGAAUCGAAAUGCCGUGACUGUCUCGACAUUAUAGAUGGAUGCUUCGAGCAUGGGAUGCCAAGCAAUUGUACGAGGACGUGCAUAGAAUUUCAUGUGCAAGAAAAGAUGAAAAAUGAAAGAGAAUCCGCUUGCCCAAAUCUUGACCCUAUAGAAAACGGAAAAAGUAACGGCUCUACAUCGGAAAUAUACAAGCCUGGUGAUGUCGUUGGCAUAACUUGUGAUGCCGGGUAUCGCUUAUCUGGUCGGCCUACUCUCAAAUGCAAAUCUUAUGGUCAGUGGUCACAUGAUGUUCCAACAUGUGAAGAAAUCACCUGUCCCGUUUUGCAAGGAGUUAGCAAUGGAAAUCAUAAUGGGUCUGAAACAAUUCCUCACCAGCCAGGAGACAUAAUCAUUUUCCAGUGUAAUCCCGGAUACCAGAGAAUCGGCGCAGAAUCUACAACAUGCAAAACUGAUGGUACAUGGCAAGACAAGAUGCCGAUUUGUCAAAUAUAUCCAGAAUUUCCUCCAAUAAUGAACGGGAAAUGGAACCAGAGUGGAUUAGUGUUACACGCAACUUGUGACAGUGGCUACAUCUUAGUUGGUUCUGAGUUUUUAAGAUGGUCAGAGACAGGGAGUUGGGUCAGCAGUGAUGGUCACCUGCCAUAUUGCAAAGAGGAAGAAAUAACAGUUACUGUUUGGAUGAUAAUUGGUAUAAUAGGUCUUGUAGAAUCUGUUUGUAUGUGCUGUUACAUAGUCUACAGAUGUUACAUGAACGUUUACACGAGAAAAAAUAAGGACAGUAAGAUUGUUAAAGAAUGCGGGAACAAAGAAGAAAUGGCUGAUUUGAUGGAAGCAGGAAAGCAACCUCAAAGUGAAAAUACAUUUCCGACCUCGGCCGUAUCAUUGCAUGAACAAAAAUAUCAAAAGGAAGCAACAUCGAUAUCAAACGGUAUAAAGAAAGACGAUCGAGCUCCUAAAGUAACUAGGUCCAAAGGCAUUGCACCAUCUUCGACGGACCAUUUCAGCAGUCAAACACACGACGCAAACAUAAGCAUUGACCCGCCAGACAUGCCCUCUUGGAGUAAUUCUGUCCCUAAAGAUCAUAGAGUUCUGCAAGAUGUUCAAAAGAAAAAACAAGAAGCUGCUUCCGAGAACAACAUUCCAUCCAAUACACAUUUAAGCUGUUCUGGAAAACACGAUGAUAAGAGUAACCAUGUUAAAAUUGAUAUCAACAUACACAAUAACAGUUCUGCUCAUAAUAAGUCAGUAGUCGACAGUGGGAGAGAUGCUACACAUUCAGAGUCUACCAACACUACAGCGCCAAGUACAACCGACGGGACAAAUGCUGAUAAGGAGGAUGGACACUUAAAUUGCCGUUAG